AAAAAUAAUGUCCAAUAUAGUUUAAUUUUUUGGUGGAAAAAGAGGAUAAAUGCAAAUAUUAAUUAAAGCUUGGUUUCACAGUGUAUACUUGGUUUACCGAUUUUUCCCCUAAUAACUAUAAUAUUUAGAGCGCAUGUGUAAACUCCUAAACGAUCUACGCAUGCGUGUUUCAGAAAAAGAUGGCGGCAAGACCCCAGCUCGAUUCAUUGUAGCGUGUUAUUCGCUAUUCAAAUUAAAAUUCUGGCAACCAAUAAAUAGACAAACAAUAAACGAAGAAAAUAUUCGAAAAAGGAAUCUGUGGAACAUUCGUUUGUUUGGACUCUUUUGAAAUUUAAUAAUUGUGUUGACAGAUAAGUGGCAAUUAUCAAAGAUGAGUGACUGCAUGUUCUUACAUGAUUUAACACUGUUUUAAUUAUCCAGUUAACUAUGAAGGGGAUUAUAAUUAAAAUGAUCUGAGUGAACUAAUCAUAAUGGAGGAUUUGAAAGGAUUUGAAAAUGGGAUUUGAACCACUGUUUGUAGAAAAUAAAAAGGUUGGGCUCAAACAUCAGUGACGAGGUAUACUCGAAUAUUAACCAAGAUUGUAAAAUGCAAUUUCUAGCAAUAGACAUGCUCUAAUUUAAUAUUACACCAAAGAAAUGAGACAUGGACAAAACUAAGAAAAAGAACCAUUCUAAUGGGAAAUAUAAGAAAAAUUCGAAAAGUGAUCACUCAGACGACGUUGUAACAACAUGCUGCUUCUGUUUGAAAACCAAAAAAAGUAAGAAAAAGAGUCUCAUUGCAGGAUGUAUAACAAAUCUUGGAAUAUUUGCGAUACUCUUAAUAUACACAUUGGUAGGGGCUUUUAUAUUUCUGGCUAUCGAAGGUAGCGCUGCCAAAAUACAUCAAAAAACAUUGGCAACGACGUCUUAUCAGGCUAAUGAAAAUAAAAAGCCGUUGCCGAUAGCUAAAGUUAAUAAUAGUAUUGCACAAGUGACCGCUGAACUCAGGUCACAAACUGUUGAAAGUAUAUGGGAGAUAACAGUGUCCCUAAACAUAUUGUACAAAGAAAAUUGGACAAGACUCGCUGCUCAAGAAAUAGCAAGGUUUCAAGAUAAAUUAGUUGCUCGAGUGACGGCUGAUGUAACGGAACAGUAUGGCGGAGCCAGGGUUUUGGAGUCCGCACCUGCGCUUGUCGCAGACGACUACGAAUGGAAUUUUUCCAAGGCAUUUUUGUAUUCAUUAACUGUCCUGACAACUAUAGGUUAUGGGAGCGUUGCACCAAAGACAGCAUUGGGUAAAGUGGUGACAAUUGGUUAUGCUGUUAUAGGAAUACCAUUAACACUUCUAUAUUUAUCGGUUGUAGGCGCAUUGCUGUCUAGAUUUGCCCGCAGUAUAUUUAGCAGGGCUUUAUGUUGUUGUAUAUGUGUCAAAUGUGGAUAUUGUUGUCUCGAUGAAAGCACAAUUACAAACAAAGAUCGCAAGGAGAAAGUGCGGCGACCAGAAGAUUUUCGGACACAAACAUUGCAUCUUCAAGAACCUUAUUAUGUUCGAUCCCCUUCUGGCACAAUCAUUUCUGCGUCACAAGCUAAUAGCCUGAGUACCACAUCAAUAAAAGAUAAACCGGUCGGUUUAAACUUUCUCCGAGAUUGUGAUUCGAUGAGUUGCACGGAUACAGACUCGAAAAUAUCACUUAGAGGAUUUUCUAUUCUAGCUCCGAUUUCAUUGUGUCUCGCUGCAAUAUUUACUUAUAUAUUUUUCGGGGCGCUGGUUUUGUAUCAACUGGAAGGCUGGAGUCCAGUAGACGGUGUAUACUUUUGUUUCAUGAGUCUAAGUACUAUUGGAUUUGGUCACUUGGCACCUGGAGUAACUCAAAGAAACGGUGCUUCUUCAGGGACUGUUUGGUUUUGUUCUAUUUACAUCAUCACUGGACUUGCGUUGACUGCAAUGUGCUUUAACGUCUUACAUGAUGAAAUUGUUCAUAGACUGAGACACCAUGAAAAGAUUAUGAAGGCAACUCAAAAAGUUUUGACGCCGGAAUUUCUGCAGCGUUCCUGACGGGAUGAAAGUGGAAACUUGACUGAUGAAUCGAUGCUUUCUUCAGAAGGGGAUAUGUUACCAGAAGUUUUACAACACGUUACUAGAACUAAUUAUAACGGUGGUGCAAUUCGUCGCUCUGUGUAUACUGUGAAAGAGGAGCCGGAAUGAGAAACUUUUCGGUUAAUCAAAGGUUUUGAUAAACAAUUUGAUAGUUUUGUUUUAAGACUCUUAGCGAAUCGUUUUUGUAAAUUGCAUUUUAUCAUUUAAAAGUAAUGAGAAGGACUGACGUAUAACUAUUAUUAUUAACUAAGCAGAUAGUGCCAAACUAUUAAAUAUUAUUUAUAUAUUAUAUAUAACAGUAUAAUAAUAUUAUGUAUAAAUUGAAUAUUAAUCUCAAAAGUGAGAUUGAAGUCUACACGUAAGAAUUCACUUAGUAGAAAUAUUUGUUUUAUAAUAAUUGUGUAAAUGAUUAUGGAAUUGAGUUAUGUAUGUUUUUAGAUACUAUGGAUAUUAUAUUAUUGUGUAUUAAAUAAAUUUUUAUCUCAUCGUCAUAUAAGAAUGUACUUACACUUAUUUAUUAUUAACAGGUUCUUUGGCUAUGUAAAGAAGUUAUUUUUUUCAAUCAAACCUGAAUUAUUAUAGGAAUUGAUUUAAUGUGUUCUUAUAAAUCUGUUAGUGUAAAAGGGUUAAAAUAGAUGCGUUAGUUGAGAGCGAGUGUGGUUUUUAUUAAUUAAUGACUAAAGUCAUUUUGUGCAAUUGAAAGACACGUAAAAAUAAUAAAACUUUUUAAAAGUGUCA